CCCGGAGUCAGAGGGCGUGUGGCGCGGCGCGACGUCAGGCCCGGGGGCCCGCGCUCUCGCGCGUGGGCCGAGCGCGCCCCCGGGGGCGGGGCUCCGCGGCAGGGCUGGGGGGGAGUGGGAGGCGGGAGCGCGCACGCGGCUGUGUCACGGGGCGGAGCGGCGCGCGGCAGCCCCCGGACCCCGGCGUCCCCGGCUCCCAGCUCCCGGAGCCUCCAUCCCGCGACGGCGGCGGCCAGGCCUCAUGUACCGCGCCGUGUACCCCUUCCGCUCCACGGAGCCCAACUCGCUGCCCUUCGGCGAGGGGGAGACCUUCCUGAUCCUGGAGCACAGCAGCCCGCACUGGUGGCUGGCGACGCGGACCCAGAGCGGGGAGACCGGCUACGUGCCCCCGGCCUACCUGCGGCGCCUGCAGGGUUUAGAGCAAGAUGUCGUCAUCCAGUCCAUUGACCGAGCCAUUGAAGCAGUGCACAAUUCUGCCAUGAGGAACGGGGGCAAGUACAACCUGGAGCAGCGGGAUGUCCUGCAGAAGCUGAUCCAUCACAGGAAGGAAACAUUGUUCCGCAAAAAUCAUGCAACCCCGAGCCCGAUGACCAUGACCCCUUCAUCCAGUGACCACCACCUGGACACUGCUACCACUAGACAGUCCAAUGGGGUCUGCAGGACCAGCUAUGAGAGGCAGCAUAGCCUGCCCAGCUCUGAGUUCCUGGGAGACAGUGCUUCCUACCAGGUCCCGCCACAUCCUCGCCGUGUGGCCUCCAUCACACCUCCCCCACCAGGGAAACGGCGGCCCAUCCCAGUGGGCUCUGUGAGAGGGAGUCCAGAUGCUCGUCCAGAUGCUCCAGCUCGGGGCAGCUCCCUGUCCAGCAACUCCUCAGUCAGUACCACCUCCCUGGACACACUGUACCCAGGACCCAGCACUGUGGAUCCAGGACCCCCCACGGCUGCCUCAAGCCCUAGCCACACACCUCCUCCUAUUCCUAGCCGAAGCAGCACUCGGGGUGCUGCUCCCCAACCCCCCACCCCACAGAACCAGAACACCUCUCCAGAGCCCCCCAGGACCAUGGAGGGCCUUCCUAAGAAGGAGGAGCAGGAGGAGGUAGCUAUAACAGCCCCAGGCCCAACUCCAGCCCCAGCCCCAACUGCAGCUCCCGAGCUGAAGGCCAUUAGCACCCUAACUCUAGAGGAGGCAAUAAAGAAGGAAGAGGAGCCUGUGGCCCCAGGGACUGUGCCUUCCACAAUUGGUGCAGAACUGAUGGAACUGGUCCGAAGAAAUACCAGCCUGAGCCAUGACCUGUGCCGUGUGGCCAUCGGGGUGGUUGUUGGACAUAUCCAGAGCUCAGUCCCGGCCAUUGCAGCUGUCAUGGAGCAGAUCCUCAUCUCCUUGGUGGAGAGCAAGGAUUUAAGCUCGGCCCUGCCCUCAGGCCAAGUGUGUCACGACCAGCACCGGCUGGAGGUGAUUUUCGCUGAUUUAGCGCGGCGCAAGGAUGACGCCCAGCAGCGCAGCUGGGCGCUCUACGAAGAUGAGAACGUCAUCUGCUGCUACCUGGAGGAGCUGCUUCGGAUCUUGACAGAUGCAGACCCAGAAGUUUGUAGGAAGAUGUGCCAGAAGAAUGAGUUUGAGCCGGUUCUGUCUCUGGUGGCCUAUUAUCAGAUGGAGCACCGGGUUGCCCUCCGCCUGCUACUCCUGAAGUGUUUUGGGGCCAUGUGUAGCCUCGAUGCGGCUGUAAUCUCUACACUGGUCACGUCCAUCUUGCCAAUGGAGCUGGCUCGGGACAUGCAGACAGACACACAGGACCACCAGAAGAUGUGUUAUUCAGCCUUGGUCCUGACCAUGGUCUUCUCUAUGGGGGAGCCGCUCCCUUAUCACCACUAUGAGCACCUCAGUGCCCAUUUUGUCCAGUUUCUUUUGGAUGUUGUUGAGGAUGGUCUGCCCUCAGAUACAACGGACCAGUUGCCUGACCUCUUUGUCAAUCUGCUUCUGGCCUUCAAUCUGCACAUGCCAGACCCAGAAAACAAUGUCAUCAUGACCACUGUCAGCAAACGUUCAAAUGUCAAGAUCUUCACAGAGAAGCUGUUGUUGUUGCUGAACAGAGGGGAUGACCCCGUGCGCGUCUUUAAGCACCAGCCACAGCCCUCUCAUUCGGUCCUCAAGUUCCUGCAGGAUGUGUUUGCAUCCCGGGAGACGGCUUCCAUCUUUUAUCACACGGACAUGAUGGCCUUGAUUGACAUCAUUGUGCGGCAUAUCUCAGACCUAUCACCUGGAGACAAGCUGCGCAUGCAGUACCUGACUCUGAUGCACGGCCUCAUCCGCUCCACUUCCUACCUGCAGCACAGCCACCGGCUGCCAGACCUGCGGGCCACCCUAAAGCGUAUCCUGUCUGAAGAGGAGGGUGGGCUGCAGAGCCAGACUGACCAGACCAUCGUCCGCCACAUGUGCGAGGAAUUCCCUGCUCUCCUCUGCCCGUCCACCAGCUAACCCUCGGCCCCCUACCUGCCUCUGCUCUCGGCCAUCUUCCCCAACCCCAAGCCCCAGACUCCUACCCCUUAACAUCCACUCUAUGAUCUGGAGACUUCCGGGUGAGGGGGCUUGACGCCCUCACCCUAGGCCUUGGGGGCCCAGAACGUUUUGCACAGAGUUGCGGAAUGGGGGGCAUGAAGCUGAGCCGGUCUCAACCGCCCCCAUUCACCCCCCCAGAAGCAAAAAGCACUGGAAACUGGGAAGGGCUGAGGCUCUGGGUGAUCUUUGAUACCAGGGAGGAAGGGGAAGCAGAGAACGAACCACAAAGCAUUGGAAACCCUGUGGCAUUGGGAAAGGUCCUGAGUGUUCCUUGGGGGGUGAGGGACUGAUGCUCCCCCAAGGCUUGUCUUCCCUGUUUCUCCUCCCACCCCUGCUUAUUACCUGGCCCUGCUCACACUGCUCUUCUAGGCUGACCUUAUUGAGGCUGCCUCAAUUACUCCCUGCCUACUCUUCUCACUCGCCUUCUUGCCUUAGCUUUGCCCCUAGCCUGCAGGGCCCAGUUGUCCUCUCACAUUCUCCCAGUGCCCCUUGGGAUUGGGGUCUAGCCCCAAGUUGGGAAGGAGGCUAAGGAAGGAGCUGACAGGCCCUCUGGUGGGCCAGGAGCCUCUGCCCCCUGGUGUUCAGGGGUGCAUUGGAGCCCUGCUCCACUCUGGGAUGGCCUGACCAAAAUCAGGUUUUGUUUUCUCUGUUAAAAAAUGUACGAAUGUUCAAAGGGACGCGUAUUUUCUUAACUGCUUAUAAGCAUAGCCAGACUGGAAAAUAGAUGAAUAAAUCACUCACAAGCA